AUGGGUUUUCCUGCAGAUCCUCGUUCUGAGCCCCGCCGCCAUUGUCGAGAAAGCUUUGCUCUAGAACAAUGGAAUCAAGUAUGGCUCCAUCAGCAUUCCCCAAAACUUCCCGAGCCAAGGGAAGUCCCUCCUGCUCCGUCCACUUCAGCUCCUUCGGAGCCUGUACCAAAUGCAGCAUCAUCUGAUGCCCCACCCACUAUUCCUCCUACCUCAGAGCCGCCCAUCACUAUCCCUAGUGCAGAGUACCGUGCCUUGCUCGCUUCUUUUCAGACUCUGACCACUACUCAGAUGGCCAUUAUGGAGCGGAUGGACCACUUCCAGCUUCAGCAGGACCAGCAGACUCUCAUUCUCCGUGAGAUUCAGCAGCACCUCGGUCUUUUGCCACCAACUCCACCUGUAGAGAAGCCUUCCUCAGCUUCUAACGGAUUAGAAUUCAGCCCACUUGAGCCCAAUAGUUCAAAAAUUGGCAAGCCCAGGCUCCACCCACUAUCACCUGGAUACUAA